UUUGUAGGAGCUUUAGAAGUGAGUUGAAGUUUGAUCUUUUGAUGGCCUUCUUCCAGUUUCCGUUUUCGACCACGAAGUGAUUAUAUGCUCUUUGAUUUCCGCUUAUGAACCGCCUACCUUCGUGCCUAAAUUCAUUGAAUAUUCGAUUACAAGAUACAAUUACGUUUAAAAAGCGUAGCUACCAAUCUCCAACUGGGAACGAUGCCGUCACAAUAACAGUAGCCUCAGAAGGAGGGUGCAGCUGAGGAAGUCGUUAGAAGAAUAUCUCCACCAGCAGCAUGGGUACACGGAUCAGAGGAUCUGUGCGCCAUCUUUACGAAUUAUUUUGUGAAGUGUCACCAGUUAAGGAACCUUCAAUAAUACAAAAAUAUCCUGAAUCUUAUGACAAUGAAGAAAACAUGAAACACAUCCCAAAAUUUGCUUUCCCCUGCCCCCUCGAUAAAUCUUAUGUCCAACACUAUUCUUUUGUUCUGACCUCAGUAGAUUCUAAGUACACAUUUGGAUUCUGCCGGUAUGAUCCGAAGGCUAACACAACUCUGCUUUUGUUAUCACACAUUCCAUGGCAUGAUAUUUUUUAUAAAUUAUUAAACUGCAUAGCAAAUUUACUAAACAGUCCUGAGCGUGGUGAAUUGAAAUCAUUUUUGGAAGCAUGUAGAAUUCGGCCACCAAUGCCAGGAGACACGUUGAAAGUGACAUAUAAUGCAAGUCACAGUGUGUUCUCGUGCCAGUGUCCAGAUGAAAAAUUACCAAGUAUUCCAGAGAAUUGUAACCUCACAGAAUUCUUCAGCGCCUUAGACGCAGAUUGCAUGAUUGGUUUAUGGGCGGCAUUAUUAAAUGAGCGUCGUAUUGCAUUGGUUGCUUCGAAACCAUCCCGUCUAUCUGCAUGUGUGCAAGCCGCUAAUGCACUGUUAUUUCCUAUGUCAUGGCAACACAUAUACAUUCCAAUAGUACCCAAAUUUUUGGUGGAUUACCUGCUAGCUCCAAUGCCAUUUCUUAUCGGAGUUCCUAGAAGUGUUUUUGAGACUGUGAGAAUGUCAGAUCUCGGUGAAAUUGUGAUAAUAGAUAUAGAUACAAACGAAUUAAGAUCUCCAUUUAACGACUCUGAAAGUCUUCCGCACAUGUUGGUUGUAAAUUUAAAAAAAUCUCUAGGCGAUAAAAAUGCAUUAGGUGACGCUGUAUCAAGAGCAUUUCUUCGUGCGUUAGUUUGUUUGAUUGGUGGAUACAGAGACGCAAUUUGCAUUGAGAACGAACAAUUUGAAUUCAGUUCUGAAGCAUUUAUAAAGACACGUAAACAUAUGCAACAAUUUCUUAGUAAAAUGCUGGAGUCCCAAAUAUUUCAGCAAUUUAUAGAAGAGAGGCUGGACCUCAUUAACUCCGGAAAAGGAUUUAACGAUGAAUUCGAAAUUGAAUGCAACUUCUAUUACGACAAAAGUAGCUCCAGUAGCGGUCAAAAGCUAAAACAGCAAUACAAGGACUGGGCUAAGAAUGUUAAGAAAGAAGGUGGAGCCUUUUUCAAAACUGUUAAAGAUAAGGCCAAUCCCGCGAUGCAAUCGGCGGUAAAGACGGUUCGGCAAGGAGGUAAAAACGUGAAGUCGGCUGUAAAGGGAUUGAAGAUUAAAAUGCCUAAAUCGCGGUCUAGACCUUCUUCCGUGACCACAACAGACGAUAGCAGAUUCUCUUGCGGCUCAGUGACGCCGGUGUCGACUUCAUCUGACUCUUCCCCGACGAAUGUACGCUCCCACGAACCACCGUCCACAGCAUCCCUUGAUCUCUUAACCGAGAUGGAGUUCCUUCUUAAUAGAAACGACAAUUUCCCUAGCGCCGUGCACAGCCCCGAAAUUAGCUUGCCCGACAAAUCUAAAACCAUGUUACCACAAAUCCCACCUCGUUUACCGGCACGUCCCCAAACCCGUCACCGUUAUCCAAUUGUGUCAACCAAGAAAUUAAUAGAUUUCUCUGAAGCCCCGAUGCCUCCACCGCGGUCCAUACAGCCACCUAAGGCGUGUUUCGUAAGCAAUAUAACAAGAAAUGAGCCUAAACAGGCGGAAUUCCGUACGAGCACGUUCAGCUUCGCAGAAGGAACUAAUAAGCCCAAAUUACAAUUAACCGUGAAGCAAACACGACCAAAUUGCAAUGGGAACGCACAAACCAGUGCUGUACAAGAAAAGCGGCCGGAAGCAAUGAGAACGGGACGUGUAGAGUCAUGUGACUCAGAUGUGGAUCUUAUUAAACUGGACGUUUCAUCGCCAGCUCUUGAAGACUUUGAUCCGCUCAGGUACCGGGAUAAAAAUGACAAAAUCGAAAAGCUUAACUCCACUACUGACAGUGCGCUUCUACACGAGUACGGCUUAGAUUUCAGCCAAUUUAGUUUGAACUUUACGAGUAGCUCUAGUGACCAACAGUCUAGUUCUGUGUCUAAAGGCUGGACGACAUUUAACUAGCGGUAAACAUUUCACGCUGAAAUUAUAGACUGCAUAAUAAGAUGGAAUUUAUUUGAUAUUCAUACUCAUUUGUUACAUUGUGAUUCUAUACUUUAUAAUGUAAAUAUUAGAUAAAUUGGAAAACUCAUAAUGAUAUUUAAUUUAGUUAAGAAGUAGGUUAUUUAAGAAAUUAUUUAUGUCACUUAGUAUAGAUUUUUUUACAUAUCAAGUUUUGUAAUUGUAAUUUUUUUUGUAUAUAUUGUAUUAUUGUGAUCAAUAUCGUUAUGCCGUGGUUCACGUAAUGUACGGUUAGAUUGAAUGCGUUACAGAUUAUUUUUGUCAAGAUGUUUGAUAUAGCUUAUUUAAAAGAAGUAUUUAUUACAUAUAUAUAUAAGAUUCUAUUUCUAACCAUUAUUUUGUUGAAAUAAUUUAAAUUCAUUCCUUAAUAUCGUCCAGUAUAUACAUUAUACAUUAAAAGCCGAUAAAUACAUAUAUUUCAAAAGUAAAAAUAUAUGGGGUGAGAUUUGGAGUCGAUUAUUAAGGUAUCUCUUUCGUAUUAACAAAAAUCGUGACCUGUAUACUUCAUAACUGUUUCUUAACUCCAAGUAUUUUCUUUUAAGUUAUUUUUUCAUGUUUUUUUUUGUCUAGGUACACUAAAGCAUAAGCAUUUUCUAAAAGCAUACCGAUAGAAGACUUAGCGAAGGGCAAGGGUUUUGUUUAUGAAUACAAUAAUGUAAAAGCCGCAAUCGACCAAGUGUUGUGUGAAAGCUAAUUAUGACUACCGUAUGACAAAAACGUAUUUAAUUUCGACAUACAUAUCGUAGUUCGCAUCGAGUUCUGAAUCUUACCCUUAUAUCGAUUUCUUUUGUUAUAUUUUAGAAUGAAUUUAGACAAAAUUUUACUCACCGUCCGUGCGUCAUCUAGCUUACUGUUUUUUUUAAUUUUAUUAUUGUUUAUGAAAUAUAAUUUAUUUAUUGUUUGAUUGUUAGAUUUAUUUGAAAAUGUUAAUAUAUCAUUUGCAUCUGUGUGAAAUGUCUAAUUUAUAAAAUAAACGUUGUAAAAUAAAAGUACAAUAAUUACGUUUUAUCGA